AGCUCAGUGCCUUAGGUAGCGUUUGCGCUGGGAGGCGUGUGCGUUUGUAUGUAUACGCGGCCUUUUCCACGCAAGGACGGACGUGUGUCUUUUUCUAUCAAGAAAACACAAUCAUUAUAGUUGUUGUAUACAUAAACAGCAGCCCUGCCCCGACGCGGCCCAACACCAAGCGGAGCUGUCAUGUGGCAGGAGGCCCGCAAACAUGAGCGCAAACUGCGUGGGAUGAUGGUGGACUACAAGCGUCGAGGGGAGCGACGCAGAGAGUACUAUGAGAAAAUUAAAAAAGAUCCAGCCCAGUUCCUGCAGGUUCAUGGUCGGGCGUACAAAAUCCACCUAGAUUCAGCUGUAGCCCUGGCAGCUGAGAGCCCCAUAAACAUGAUGCCUUGGCAAGGAGAUACCAACAACAUGAUUGAUAGGUUUGAUGUCAGGGCACACCUGGACUACAUCCCAACUUAUACACCGCCUCUCCUGAACACAACCACCCCAGAGCAGGAAUCUGAAGAGAGGAAGUGCAAUUAUGAGCGCUAUAGAGGUCUGGUGCAGAAUGACUUUGCAAGCAUCUCCGAGGAGCAGUGUUUGUACCAGAUAUACGUGGAUGAGCUCUAUGGUGGCCUGUCGAAACCGAAUGAGGAUGAAAAGAAAAAACUUGCUGAGAAGAAAGCACAGAUUGGGUAUACAUAAGAGGACAGCACAGUGACAGAACCAGAUGCAAACGCAGAGAAGGAAGAUGAGGAUGAUUCUGAAAACAGCGAGUCUGAGGAAGACGAGGUCAUCCCUGACAUCGAUGUUGAGGUGGAUGUAGAUGAACUGAACCCAGAACAGGUCACGGAGAUUAACAAGAUGGCCACCACUUAUGGCAUGGCAGAGGGGGAUUUUGUUGGGAUGUUGAGGAAGGACAAGGAGGAAGUGGAGGCCAUUAAACACGCUAAAGCUCUAGAGGCAGAGAAGGCCAUGUACUCUGGCCGGCGGUCUCGCAGACAGCGGCGAGAGUUUAGAGAGAAGUAUAUGAAAGGCAGACAGAUCAGCCCACCCAGCUAUGCUCGAAGAGACAGUCCCACAUACGACCCUUACAAGAGGCCACAGUCAGACUCAAGUUCAGAGUCCCACUCUCGAUCCCGAUCCCCAGGCAAUGAUAAAAUCACCUUUAUCACUAGCUUUGGUGGCAGUGAUGAGGAGGGAGCCGUACCCACACAAGCCCUGCCCGCAGCGGCAUCAAGCCACGCCUCCUCCAACACCGCAGGUCAUAGCAGGGGCUCCCGCCGAAGACGCUCAUCCUCCAGUCACUCCUCCUAUUCUUCCCGCUCCUCCUCACGCCGUUCCUCUCGCUCAUCCUCACGUUCCCGUAGAAGUCGGCGUUCUCGUGGGGGCAGGGACCGGGACAGCCGUUAUUCACGGUCUCGUUCACGCUCCCGUCGGCGGUCCGAUUCACGUUCACGGCAUCGCAGUGGAGGAGGGAGCUCGAAGAAACGAUGUGACAGGACACGGUCUCGUUCCACAGAUCGGGACAAGGGUAGAGAUAGAAACCGGGAAAGAGAUAGAGACCGGGAUAGAGGGAGGCGCUACACAGACCGCAGACGAACAAGAUCUCAUUCACGCUCGCAGUCAGGUGAUCGUUACCAGCGAAGGAGUCGCAGCUCUGCGUACAGGAGGGGCGGCAGUGUCAGUCAAAGCCCCUCCCACUCACCUGCUGCAAGCCAUAGCUCCUCCCCUUCCUCCCGUUGUGCUCUGCCUGCCUCUGCUCCUGCUGACAAGCUGAAAAAAUCUGAACCUCCGGGUGGUAAAGAGACUGGAGCUGCCAAACCCAAGAUGACUCCGCAGGAAAAGCUCAAGCUUCGAAUGCAAAAGGCCCUAAACAAGCAAUCCAAGGCGGAUAAAAGAGCAGCGCAGGCCAAGAUCCAGCAACAGGAGAACAAGCGACAGGAACGAGAAGGAGUUUUACGAGCCAUGGCACGGAAAAUUCGCAUAAAGGAGCGGGAACGCCGGGAGAAAGAGCGAGAUGAAUGGGAGAAGCAGUAUGGACGUCAGUCACACUCGCCCUCCCCCAACACCAAAUACAGUCGGGACUACAGCUCAUCCAGAAGGAGAUCUCGCUCAAGAUCAAGAAGCCCUCAUCACCGGUACUGAAGAAAUGAUCAGUCUGCACCAGAGGGAGAAAUGUCAAACGAAUGGUUUAGGAGUGAAGGGUAAUCAGGAUGGCCAUAUUAAGUUUGGGGAAAUUGCCAGUAAUUAAAUUAAUUUCACUAAUGUCCGCUUUUCUUUCAUCUGAGAAGCACAGUGUAAACAAUGAAAUUAAAAAACGAUUCUCUUCUAUUGCUAAAAUCUGUAAAUUAGCAUUAUCACGCUCGAACACACUUUUAUUCCUCAAACGUUCACAACAACAUAACCGGAUUGCCAUGAAAAGGAAUGCUUCAAUAACAUGUAUUUGAAGAGAUAGCUGAAGAUAACUGAACUGCCCUGUAUGGACUUUUUUUGACAUGAAAUUGGAAAUGUUUCUUGUGUCCUAUUCAAAAUGCUCAUCCCAUCAUUGUACAUAAUCCCUUCAAUUAAGAUUGUGAUAACACUUGACAAAACAUGCUGAUGUAAAUCCUCAUCUUUUUCAAUUAUUAAAAGAUGUAAAUG